AUUCAGAGCACUGUUGUGUUCCUCUUUGCUCGGCGUCUGCGAAGUUUAAUGGCAGUUUAAGUUUUCAUAGCUUUCCAGCGCGUAGUGACCUCAGGAGCCAGUGGCUAAUAAACAUACGUCGGGACCAAUUUACUAUCUCGCCUCAUACAAAAGUCUGUAGCAGACAUUUCAUACCAGACCACUUGAUUGAACCAAAAACCCCAGAAGGUCGGAGAAGACUGACAAAGGAUGCAGUACCACUUCUUUUUGACUGGAACGGAUACAGCAUUCAGGCUCCACGGCUAAGUGUGUGGGAGAGGAGAGAAAGACCAGCUGACCCUGCCUCCCUGGAAGAUCCAUCAACUGAUCUUACAGUGGAUCAUGAUUAUUGUUCUGCUCCUGAGCCGUCAUCGCUAGACAUGUCCUGCGCUGAAAACGAAGAUCUGUCCCGUGAAGUGGAGGAGCUGAGAAAUCAGCUUCAUGAGUUGCGUGUCCAGCUAACCUUUGGGUUGCAACGUUUCUCCGGCUCCGGCGAGGACAUUCGAUUUUACACCAGAUUCCCAGGCUAUGACCACUUAAUGGCAUUUUGGUGGCUGAUUGAGCCAUCCAUCCACAAAAUGGUUCGGGUCUCAAGAGCAAAGGCUGCAGCUAAGAAGAAUGAAGAUGUGUCUCAUUCACGAAUGUCAGGGAGGCAGGUGCUGCAGCCAGUUGAUGAAUUUUUCCUUUUCCUUGUGCACUUGUCUGUUGGACUCAAGGAGAGAGACUUGGGACACCGUUUUAACAUCCAUCCUUCCACAGUGAGCCGAAUUAUUUCAACCUGGACAAACUUUCUCUACACACUUCUUGGAUCUGUGAGCAUUUGGCUGUCACCAGAGCAUGUGAAAAAAAACCUUCCUUCAGAAUUCCAAGACUAUCCUGAUACUCAGGUUAUCUUGGACUGCACUGAGCUCAGGUGUCAGACACCAUCAUCACCACUCCUACAAAGUGAGAUGUACUCCACAUACAAGUCUCACUGCACCAUGAAGGGCCUAGUUGGCAUAGCACCACACGAUGCAGUGACAUUUGUCUCCUCACUUUACGCUGGGUCAGUCAGUGACAAAGAGUUAUUCAAACAGUCAGGAUUGGCCAAGUUGCUCACAGAAGAAAUGGCAGUGAUGGUUGACAAGGGCUUCCUAAUUACUGAUUGUGUUAAGUGCAAAGUCUACUGCCCACCAUUUUUGUCAAAGCAAAGUCAGAUGCCUGCAUACCAGAUACAGAUACUUACAGUCAAUGUAAUUCUUCACAUUAGGGCAUUUAAUCUCGACCAAGCCAAACUGGGGGUAUUCAGUGGGGUCAAAUACGACACCAUCAGGGGAUGCACCAAGCCAGGGAGCAUCUGGGUGGAUGAUGAGGCCACAUGCAAGGGACUCUGCAGAGCUAUGCCCUCUGACAUGGCACACCUCACGAAAACGUGA